AUGGUCCUACCUAAGACCAACCGAGGGGCAUCUACAGGUACUUCACAUCAACACCUGCCCGUCUAUGAUGCUGUAGUAUUGAAGUACCCUUUUGGCGGUCCCGCAGUACUCAGACAGACUGAUGGCUCUGGCUUCGGUUACUAUCCCUCUGGGCGCAAGGCUGUGUGUAUCAACGUCCACGGACGGAGCAAUGGGAGAUUCAGCGCUAUCGUCUACGAUGACGCACCAGACGACACACACCUUGUGGGUCUUUUCGAUGAGCGGGGCAUCGGGUGGGCUACCAAUAGUGAUGAUGAACGAAUUGAGAAAACCCAAAGUGGGAUCAAUAAGCCUUGUGGCCUCGCCGUGUGGGAAGGGGUUCAGGUGGCGUCCUGGCGAAGGACAUUCGCGGACGAUUGA